UGGCCAGGAGUAGCAGCAUUGCUGGGGCCGGUGUGGAGCUGUUCCUAGCGGCGUUGUUUCCUGAGCAGCGGCAGUUCUCACUACAGCGCCAGGACGAGUCCGGUUCGUGUUCGUCCGCGGAGAUCUCUCUCAUCUCGCUCGGCUGCGGGAAACCGGGCUGAAGCGACUGAGUCCGCGAUGGAGAGAGAAAAGGAACAAUUCCGUAAACUCUUUAUUGGUGGCCUAAGUUUUGAAACCACAGAAGAAAGUUUGAGGAACUACUAUGAGCAAUGGGGGAAACUUACAGACUGUGUGGUGAUGAGAGAUCCUGCAAGUAAACGAUCAAGAGGAUUUGGUUUUGUAACUUUUUCUUCAAUGGCUGAGGUUGAUGCUGCAAUGGCUGCAAGACCUCAUUCAAUUGAUGGGAGAGUGGUUGAGGCAAAACGCGCUGUAGCAAGAGAGGAAUGUGGAAAACCGGGGGCUCAUGUAACUGUGAAGAAGUUGUUUGUUGGUGGAAUUAAAGAAGAUACUGAGGAACAUCACCUUAGAGAUUACUUCGAGGAAUAUGGAAAAAUUGAUACCAUUGAGAUAAUUACUGAUAGGCAGUCUGGAAAGAAAAGAGGCUUUGGCUUUGUUACUUUUGAUGACCACGAUCCUGUUGAUAUAAUUGUAUUGCAGAAGUACCAUACCAUCAAUGGUCAUAAUGCUGAAGUGAGAAAGGCUUUGUCUCGACAAGAAAUGCGGGAAGUCCAAAGUUCUAGGAGUGGAAGAGGAGGGAACUUUGGAUUUGGAGAUUCACGUGGUGGCGGUGGAAAUUUUGGACCAGGACCAGGAAGUAACUUUAGAGGAGGAUCUGAUGGAUAUGGAAGUGGCCGUGGAUUUGGAGAUGGUUAUAAUGGGUAUGGAGGAGGACCUGGAGGAAAUUAUGGAAGUGGAAAUUACAAUGAUUUUGGAAAUUAUAACCAGCAACCUUCUAACUAUGGUCCAAUGAAGAGUGGAAACUUUGGUGGUAGCAGGAACAUGGGGGGACCAUAUGGUGGAGGAAACUAUGGUCCAGGAGGCAGUGGAGGAAGUGGGGGUUAUGGACGGAGGAGCCGAUAUUAAGCUUCUUCCUAUUUGCCAUGGGCUUCACUGUAUAAAUAGGAGAGGAUGAGAGCCCAGAGGUAACAGAACAGCUUCAGGUUAUUGAAAUAACAAUGUUAAGGAAACUUAUCUCAGUCAUGCAUAAAUAUGCAGUGAUAUGGCAGAAGACACCAGAGCAGAUGCAGAGAGCCAUUUUGUGAAUGGAUUGGAUUAUUUAAUAACAUUACCUUACUGUGGAGGAAGGAUUGUAUAAAAAAAAAAAA